AUGAGAGCUAUCCCUGGCUUGCGCGACCUCAACCCGUUGCGGCUGUUCCGACACAACUUCUCCUACCAACAAGUCCCUUCCUUUUCGACAGACAGUCUCAAUGGCGCAAUACAACUGGUAUCAGAACGAUGGCCGCAGAAUGGAGUCGCAUGGCAAGAACGAAGACGAAGGUGCGGUAUUGGGAGGAUGUCAUUCACAAAGUCGAUCACGUUGGCGAUAGCGAGUAUAGUGCUCUUGGCAGUCUUAGCAGGAGGCGGAGUCCGUCAGGUCAGGAAACACAGAAAAGAGGAAGUCAAAGACGUGCCGUAUUACUGGAUGCACUACAACAGAUUGAACGGAUACUACAAUGGCAUCAGGACGCUGGUAUCACCUUCGCAAUACAGGGCAGAUAACGGAUACAACUUGACAGAGCCUUUGACCAUGCAGACACAAGAACAGCCGGUCAAAUAUCCCAAGGAACCUCCAUUAGACCCUGUUGUGUAUAAUCCUUACCCGGAUUUCAGCUCGCAAGAGUACCUGAAAGACCACGAGGAGGUCCACACAUGCUAUUGGGAUGCAGAGGAUACCAUCGAAGUACCUGAUGUGUACGCCUAUCCUGGACUACCACAGCACAUGCCGGAUCCUUCCUUUGGCUCUUAUGAUGUUCUUGGCCUAGAGGACAAGAUGUGCUUCGAAAGAUUCGGGAGGUACGCAGGAUACGGCUUUGGGUUCAACGAAAGCCAAGGAGGUCUGGGGCCUGGACAGAAGUCAGAAAAGAAGGGUAGCCAGAAGGUGUUCGAAAAUGUCAAGUUCAUGAAUCAGUCAACGAUAGAUUGGGGUGAUGCGCAAAGAAGGUGCUUCGAGAAGAAUAAAGCUCGCUUCACGGCGGACUCGAGCAGUGGGAAGAAGCCUGUCCAGCGUCAGGCUUACGUCUUGCGCACAUGGGUGGGCUACGAAUACUCACCGAACCAGAUGUAUGCGUUGCGCGCCAUGAUUAACGAACUCGGUCUAAAGUCCGGCGGCGAGUAUGAUGUGCAUUUCCUGCUGCAUGUGAAGAACAACAGCAUUCCCAUCUGGGCAGAUAAGGAUGUCUACCGUGAGACACUGGAGUCGAAUAUCCCGAAGGAGUUCUGGAACAUGACCACUCUUUGGUCGGAGAAGCAGAUGGAGGUGUACUAUCCUGCACCAUUUCCAGACAACUUUGCGAACAUGGCAGGCAGCAAGAUUCAUGGAGUGUACCGUAGUGCACACUUCCCACUCCAGUGGUUCUCGCAGCAGCAUCCCGAGUAUGAACACUUCUGGAAUUGGGAGAUGGACAUCCGGUAUUCUGGCCACUAUUACGAGUUCAAUACGAAGAUCGCGGAGUGGGCGAAGCAGCAGCCACGGAAGGGCAUCUGGGAGAGGAGUCGACGAUUCUAUAUCCCAAAGUAUCACGGGAACUGGCAGAACUUCACGAACUUUGUAGAGCAAGAGACGGCCGAGGUUGACAUCGCCAAGAACGAUGUUGAGACGAGUGGUCAGGUCCCGCUAUGGGGCCCUUACAAGGACUUUCCCAACCGCGGUAUGCUGGAAUCGCCGCCAGGAACGACACCUCCGACUUCGUACGAGGCCGACAAAUACGAAUGGGGUGUGGGUGAAGAUGCCGAUCUGAUGGUGUUCAAUCCCAUCUUCGACCCAGCGCUUACCAAUUGGGUCUUCAGCUGGGAUAUCUCUGGAUACAACAAGACACUCAAGCCUCCACCACGACGGACAGCCAUCAUUACUGUAGCACGGCUGUCCAAGCGCUUGCUGGACACGAUGCACAAGGAGACCUGGAAGAUGAAGCACACCAUGUUCCCGGAGAUGUGGCCGCCCACCGUAGCAAUGCACCACGGUCUGAAGGCCGUCUACGUCCCGCAUCCUGUAUACUUCGAUCGAGAUUGGGAUGUCAGCUACAUGAACCAGAUCCUGAACUAUCCGGUCAACACCUGGGAUUCCCCGUUCGGCUGGGGCGAGCAUAACAUGCUCGGUGGCAGCUUCUACUACAACAGUGGCUUUUCUGGAGCUCUCUGGAGAAGGUGGCUCGGCCAGUGGGAGAACGGCGAAGGCGGUCGCAAGCAGGAAGAAGCCGGCACUGGUCGACUGUGCCUGCGAGGAACUCUUCACCAUCCUAUUAAGCAUGAGAAAGGUCCCGAGGACCAUGAGUGA